UGAGGAUCUACUGACAAAGUGAGGAGCCUAUGAUGUCCGGGUGUCAACUAUGCAGAGAAGAUGAAGCUGGAAGACGUCCUGGUAUUUCAACCAGAUGGAGAAGAAAAGACCACAGAGAAGACAUCACUCAGGUAUGGAUCCGUGUUUUUGCAUGAUUUUUGGAUAUGGUUGGAACCUAUUUGUGGAACAAAUAUAUCACAUUGGAUAUGCCGGCUGAGAAUUGUCGAAGGUUUCAAUAGAGAAGGAUAACAGUUGACUUAGAAGGACGGAUUCACAAUGGCCAAAUUGAUCAAUACGCAUCAUUCUUAUGGUGCUGUCCCAAAGGUUUCCAUCCAAGACAUGGAUGAAGAGAUUAACAAAAUGGAAAAUGGCGAAAGCAGACUUUUAAGUAAAGAUGAAGAAAGUAAUGGUACAAUACACCCAGAGGAUCAUGUAAAAUGCUACAGUAUCUUUGCAAGCAAGAAUCGGGUACAUGCAGUUACUGCAUCCCUACAUCGAAUUUUACACAUUUUAAUUUUUCCUAGUGACCAACAUCUUCCUGGCACGGCUGCAGGCUGUAAUACCAAUAACAGUAACAAUAAGGAGGAGGAAGAAAAAAAGAAGAAGAAAAAAGAGAAAAAAGACAAAUCUGAUCAUAAAAAGGAAAAGAAAAAAGACAAAGAAAAAAAGAAAGACAAAGAAAAAGGCGCAAAAGACAAGAAAGAAAAUAAUAAAGGUGGAGAUAAAGAGAAGGAAAAGGCGAAAGAAAAAGAGAAGGAAAAGGCGAAAGAAAAAGAAAAGGAAAAAGAAAAGGCUGACAAGGAAAAAGAUAAAGAGAAGAAAGAAGAGAAGAAAAAAGACAUAUUUGUUAUUGAUCCAUCAGGAAACUUAUAUUACAAUUGGCUCUUCUGUAUCACAAUGCCGGUUAUGUACAACUGGACCAUGAUAAUAGCAAGGGCUUGUUUUGAUGAGCUCCAGCAGGAUUAUCUAGAAUGGUGGUUCUUUCUUGACUACAUGUCAGAUGCCAUCUAUAUUGCAGAUAUGUUUGUAAGAACAAGAACGGGCUACUUGGAACAAGGUCUUCUGGUGAAAGAUGAAAAGAAACUGAGGGACAUGUAUAAAAAGACUUUACAGUUUAAACUGGAUAUGUUGUCUAUUAUACCAACAGAUAUAUUGUAUUUACAACUUGGACUAAACUAUCCAGAACUCAGGCUUAACAAACUGCUAAGAAUUGCUCGUAUGUUUGAGUUUUUCCAGCGAACUGAAACAAGGACCAACUACCCCAACAUCUUCAGGAUUUCAAACCUAAUCAUGUACAUCGUGAUCAUCAUUCACUGGAAUGCUUGUGUCUACUAUUCCAUUUCUAAGGCAAUAGGAUUUGGAGAGGAUUCUUGGGUUUAUCCUAAUGUGUCAGACCCAGAUUAUGGCCGUCUGGCCAGGAAAUAUGUAUACAGUCUUUAUUGGUCAACACUGACUCUAACUACAAUUGGUGAAACUCCACCUCCUGUGCUAGACUCCGAGUUUUGGUUUGUUGUUGCUGAUUUCUUAGUGGGAGUAUUGAUUUUCGCUACCAUCGUCGGUAAUGUCGGUUCCAUGAUUUCUAACAUGAAUGCAGCCAGAGCAGAGUUCCAGGGAAGGAUUGACGCCAUUAAGCAGUACAUGCAUUUCCGUAAAGUCAGCAAAGACUUGGAAAAAAGAGUGAUUAAGUGGUUUGACUACUUGUGGACAAAUAAGAAAGCAGUCGAUGAAAGAGACGUUUUGAAGUAUCUACCUGAUAAGUUAAGAGCUGAGAUUGCUAUCAAUGUCCAUCUAGACACCCUAAAGAAAGUCAGAAUCUUUGCUGAUUGUGAAGCUGGACUCUUGAUUGAACUUGUGUUAAAGCUACAGCCUCAAGUAUACAGCCCGGGAGAUUACAUCUGCCGGAAAGGAGAUAUUGGGCGAGAAAUGUACAUUAUCAAAGAAGGCAAACUUGCUGUUGUAGCAGAUGAUGGAAUUACACAGUUUGUGGUUCUGAGUGAUGGCAGCUAUUUUGGUGAGAUCAGUAUUCUUAAUAUCAAGGGCAGUAAAGCUGGUAAUAGAAGAACAGCAAACAUUAAGAGUAUUGGAUAUUCGGAUCUUUUCUGUUUGUCCAAAGAUGACUUAAUGGAAGCUCUCACUGAAUAUCCCGAUGCUAAAGCCAUGCUUGAGGAAAAGGGAAGGCAAAUCCUAAUGAAGGAUGGUCUUCUUGACUUAGACAUUGCUAAUUCCGGCGCUGAUCCCAAAGACAUCGAAGAAAAAGUUGCUCACAUGGAAGGCUUGGUUGACAAUCUGCAAACAAAAUUUGCUAGACUGUUGGCAGAGUAUGACUCGACACAACAAAAACUUAAACAGAGGGUGACCAAAAUAGAAAAAAUACUAUCACCAGAUGCUGAAGAACCAGAGGCACCAAAAGAAGAAGCAGAGCCUCCUCCAAAAGAAUAAUUGUGGCUGAGGGAUUUCAUCAUUAAGACUAAUCCUUCACUUACUAUAUCCCUCAAAGUUUGUCAACGGUGACAAUGAACAGUCACAUCACCAAAGACAAUUGUCCAGUUGUGAAUAUUAAUAUAUGUCCUUUAUUUUUAUAGGAUAUAUAUGACUGCACAAAACUGGACAAAGAACUGUUGAGGGGACAUUACACCCUGCGAAAACUUGAACAGUUUCAAAGCACAUUAUAUGUAUUAGCAUUUUCUUAAAAAAAUAGUUUUCUGAAAGAAAGAAAAAAAUAAACAGUUGAGUAGAUCUAUCACAGAAGUAUCUAUCACAGAUUGUAUGCAAUGGAAUACACAAUUAAUUGACCGUGUAAAUAGAAGAAAUAACAAAAAUGAACAUAAAGGUUACACAGUCACAUGCCCAUCAAAUUCAGUCUAUAAAUGAUUAUAUAUAAUUUAUUGUUUAUGUAUAACCCUCAAUGCCAAUUUUCAUUAGAUUAGCAUCUCACCCUAUUUUUGUAUUUCAUUUUUAUUAUCUGUGAUGGGGUAGAGCAUUUCUGAACUUGACUACUCUAACUAUAAGUAACCCUUUCCUUUUGAUUUCUAAUAUGCCUUUCCUUCACAAAUAAAGACUG